UCGAGGGUGGGACGCACGCAGACCUUCAAAUCUCUCUCCUCCCCUUCUUUUGCCUACUUCUCUUCUCUUGUCCUCGUUCCUCUCGCUUCUCUGCUUCGCGAUGUUCUACUCCUUCUCCUCCGCAUCUCCCUCCCCUUCCAGCAUUUCUAAACACCCCAAUCCCUUCUUCUCUUCCUCCGCCUCCAUUUCCCGAGCCACCUCCCUCAUCCGCCGCACAAGACUCCGAACCGAAGCCGGAUCCGACGGUGUAGACACCACCGCUACGACAAGCAGCCAGGAAAACCCUCCAGAAACGCCGACAAGUAUCGGAGGCGGCGGCGGAAAUCAAGCUUCCAUCUCCUCCGUCGUCCCAAUCAGCGACAAGGACAUCAAAAAGGUUGUUCAGAAGACGGUGGCGACGUUCGCGCCUAGGGCUUCCACCGCGACCAAGAACCCCGCUGUCCCUGGAACAGCGCUCUACACUGUGUUCGAGGUGCAGGGCUACGCCUCCAUGUUCCUCGGCGGAGCCCUCUCCUUCAACCUUAUAUUCCCGUCCAAUGAGCCGGAUAUUUGGAGAUUGAUGGGGAUGUGGUCCAUUUGGAUGUUCACUAUACCUUCUCUUAGAGCGAGGGAUUGCUCCAAGAACGAGAAGGAAGCUCUCAACUAUCUGUUUCUUCUCAUUCCGCUUCUGAACAUCGCGAUCCCAUUUCUCUGGAAGUCGUUUGCUGUGGUGUGGUCUGCUGAUACUGUUGCCUUCUUUGCUAUGUAUGCCUGGAAGCUCGGUUGGCUGCAGAGAUCGGAGUGAGUGAACACAAUGGGCCGAUUAAACUGGAAUUGCACACAUAGUGUUUCAAGAUUUUGGAACUACACUUAUUUAUAUCAGCUUCUUCUCAUCGCAAUACUGUGCAUAGCCAUUUAGGAAUUCAGUGACUGGGGUGAACUAGUUUUGUUUGUGACUCGAAGGAUGGAAAUUAUCUCCUCUGCUGUGGCUACUUUUCCUACAGCUUCAUCUUUGCAAUCUUUUCCUUGUUGCCUGUCA